AUGGGUGCUCAGCCAUCAAAGCCAACACUUCAUGAGAAGGCUGUCAUGGAGCGCCUUCGUAGUCUCCAACUCCAGGAGGAUGAUGAAUACGUCGAAAUUAGCAGCGACGCUGAGAAGCGCUCGGUCGGACCCUUGACUCGCGAGGCUCAAUGUCUAUCUGUCCAUGUCCUCGAGUCCUGGCAGUCUGCCAUUCUCAAAGAUCCCAAGAACAAACUCGCACUCACGGCACUGAGCUCAGCAAACCCGAGACAGGUGCUCACUUCACUGCCGACCGAAAUCGCCGACCAGCAAAUCUAUAAUGUCAAGAUCCCACUCGAAGGAGAUCCGAUCACGAACCAGCGCUCAAGCGGCCGCUGCUGGUUGUUUGCCUCCACAAACGUGUUCCGAGUCGCCAUCAUGAAGCGAUAUAAUCUCGAGAGCUUUGAGCUCUCACAGCAGUAUCUCUUCUUCUGGGACAAGCUUGAAAAAGCGAACUGGUUCCUGGAACAGAUCAUCGAUACCGCGGGAGAGGAUAUCGAAGGACGUCUCGUUCAAACCUUACUGGGCGACAUUGUUUCUGAUGGUGGUCAGUGGGACAUGGUCUAUAACCUUGUCGAGAAGUAUGGUCUAGUGCCACAGACCCUCUACCCUGAUACAUGGAAUGCCCAGAGCUCCGGCAUUCUUAAUAGUGUUAUCAAGACCAAGCUUCGUGAAUUUGCACUCAAGCUACGGGGCCUGCUUAACUCUAAGAACGGCGUAUCAGCUACCACACUCUCGUCGGCGAAGGACAAAAUGCUUCGUGAGAUCUCUCUCAUCAUGACUCUUCUCCUUGGGCCACCACCAAGCUCCGGAGAAACCUUCACUUGGCAGUAUAACGACAAGAACGGCAAGUCACAUCAGCUCAAGGCUACACCUAAAGAAUUCGCCAAGAACAUAUAUAGUUCCGAUUUUCGCAUCACUUCUAGCACCAUCGAGAGUAUGAUCUCACUUGUGGACGACCCUCGGCACGAGCCGCUCUCUCUCCUCUCUGUUUCACGGCUUGGUAACAUCGUGGGUGGACGUGGCGUGAGUUACGUCAACGUUGAUAUUGAUACCCUCAAGGGAACAUGCAUAAAGAUGCUCAAGGCUGGUCUGCCUAUCUUCUUCGGUAGCGACGUGGGUAAGUUCUCUGACUCCAAGUCGGGCAUCAUGGACCUCGACCUCAUCGACUACGAACUUGGCUUCAACACUAGCUUGCUCGGCAUGAGCAAAGCACAGCGAUUGACGACACAGGAGAGUCAGAUGACCCACGCUAUGGUGUUGACUGCAGUUCAUCUGGACGAAGAGACGGGCAAGCCUGUCCGUUGGAGAGUGCAGAACAGUUGGGGCACUGCGGCUGGUGACAAAGGAUGGUUUGUUAUGAGUGAUGCUUGGCUCGAUGAGUUUGUUUAUCAGGCUGUUGUAGACCCUCGCUUCUGUAGUAAGGAGGUUCGCGAUGUGCUCAAGAAGGAAGCGAUUGUUCUCCCACCAUGGGAUCCUAUGGGCGCCCUGGCCUGA